CGGGAAGAGUGUGCAACACCGCAUAUUACUCGCUCGGGUGUGCUCAAGAACAUAAUCCUCCUUAUCCGUUGAUGUACAUAGCAUCUCCAAUCUCGGCCUCGACUCAUACCACCGUGUGCACACGUUCGUUCAACUCGAGUUCGAUUCCGAGAUCCUAGGCGGUUUAGCAAUCCCACAUACGCUAGUACGGCGAACAACCCGAGCGGCGCCCCUUGAUCUCAGUCGCGCCGUCCGUCUCUCGGGUGAUUCUAGCCAGGAAGGACACGUUCAUUCGUUUCCCCACAUUCGGACAGUAACACCACCCGUCCAGUUGCCUUUGUGCAACAACCCAAUAAGCAGAAAAUGUUCUGUCUUCGGAGUUGGCUCCCACUGCUCUUCAUACCGACCAACGCGUCGCCCGCCUUCAUUCUCGUCUUCUUCAUCUGCACAUACUUCCUCAACCGACCAUGCAUCUACUGCUCCUUUCUGCUCGUCAUCCUCUUCCUGACGUCGUGUAACUGGUCCGACCGGUGCUUCUUCGACGUCAGCAGCAACUGGUUCCAGCCGAAGGAACCAAACUCGACUACGACACAUUUCUACGCCCCUACGAAUAACGGCACCGGCACCGCAGCCAUGGCGGAAAGGCCCAACAGUACGGCGGCGGUGGCUCUCGACAUGUUCAACACAACGGUCGGCACGCUGGCGACGGCCGCGAUGGACAAGGCGGCCAGGACGAGGGUGGAGUGGACGGGAUUGGGACUGGAGUGGUUGAGGAGUUUGCUGGGGAGGAGGGAGUGGCGGAUCGACUGCUUGGACCUCUACAUCAGACUAUAGGAUGAUCUCACGGACGUUAGGGGGGACAAACAGGAGUGGAUAAUUGGAUCCCAUAUCCCAUCGCAAUCUGUGACUGCUUCUUCUUGUAUGCUCGCCAUCCUCCGUUGUUUGCACAUCGCAUUGGUUCUUUUC